AAUUCUCUGUCUACCGCUGGUCGAUGUAUAUAAAUGCCUCCGCCUACCUCUGCUGACUCUUGGCUUACUUCACGUCGCUUCGGGAUCGUCAUUGAUGCUGGUUCAUCCGGGUCGAGAUUGCAAAUUUACAGCUGGAAGGACACGAGGGCGGCUCGCGAUCAAGGUGGCCCUGAAGCACUCAACUCUCUGCCCACCGUAGAGAAGGGAACGAGGACGGGGGAAGACUGGGUCACAAAGGUAGAGCCAGGUCUCUCGUCCUUUGCAGACAACCCAGGGGGCGUUGCUGGUCACCUUCGCCCCCUGCUCGAGCAUGCUCGCACGCAGAUACCCCCGUCCCUGCAGCCAGGGACACCACUAUUCCUGCUCGCGACUGCGGGGAUGCGUCUGUUGACCCCGGAGCAGCAGGCAUCCGUUCUGUCGGCAACCUGCGAGUUCCUCAAGUUCCAUUCCUAUUUCAAAAUUGACGGCCCCUCGGAAAUCGGUCCCUGUGGGUCCAGCGUUCGCAUAAUUACGGGAGAAGAGGAGGGCUUGUUCGGGUGGAUUGCUGUGAACUAUUUGAUGGACGGUUUCAAGGGCUCAGGCGAGGAACGAACAACCUACGGAUUCUUGGACAUGGGAGGUGCUUCGACACAAAUUGCUUUUGAACCCGGCAAGGAGGCACGAGAACAGACAAAGGAUCUCAUCGACGUACGGCUACGACUUCUAGGCGGGAAGGAGAUCCACCACCAAGUCUUCGUGACUACUUGGCUAGGGUAUGGCACGAAUCAAGCUAGGGAGCGAUACGUCGGUCAAGCCGUUAACGAUUACGAAGCGGCUCGUGCCGAGCUCCAUUCGCCAGCGUCUGCAAGCGACGAGCUCAUUCUCGAUCCGUGUCUUCCAAAAGACCUCACGCUCACAGAGUCCCCUGUACAGCCGCUAUCGUCUACAGCGCAUUCGAGAAGGCCGCACACACUGGUCGGUAUCGGCUCUUUCGAGCAGUGCUUGAAACAGACAUCUCCCCUUCUCAACAAAGACGCACCAUGUCCCGAUACGCCAUGCUUGUUCAAUGGCAUCCAUGUACCUCCUAUCGAUUUCUCUGUAUCGCACUUUAUCGGCGUCUCAGAAUAUUGGUAUUCGUCCGAGCACGUAUUCGGGCUUGGCGGGCCGUACGAUGUCGUUCAGUACGAGCGCGCUGCAUCGGAGUUUUGCGCCCGCGAUUGGUCCCAAAUUCUACAGGAACACGAGGAAUCACGGAAGAGCGGUGCGUUGGGUGGAGAUGGCGAAGUCCUCCAGAAUGGUCAAGUCAUAUCAACUGGGAAGUGGGGCAACAAGGUGGAAAUUUCCAGGCUGCAGAUGCAGUGCUUCAAGGCGGCCUGGUUGGUCAACGUUCUCCACGAAGGCAUCGGCCUUCCGAGGAUAGUUGACCCGGGAGGGAAUAGCACAACAGAAGGCGGCAAAGUUGCACAGCAGGCCGAGGAUAAGGGCCUCGGCAGACCGCAUUUCCAGUCGGUGGAAAGUGUUGGUGACAUUGCGAUCAGUUGGACGCUGGGAAAGAUGGUGUUGGAGGCCAGUAAGGAGGUCCCUCCAUUGUCAUCGUCUACACGCCCCCUCGUUGACCCCAUUGAUGAUAUCCCGGAUCUGACGACUUCACCUGUCAAGCCCAUACGGCCGCCGUUCCUUGACUUUGACGCCAUUGAAGAUCAUAUAUCACCCCACCUACCUCCCUCACUCACACGACACGCGCUCGGGUUCUCCAUCGUGGGCCUCGUCUUCUACCUGUUCAUCGUGGUCUUCUGCAUAUCUGCGCUAUACCGGUUGCGGCAUCGUAUACGAAGCACCUUGCGCCGCUGCAUUCGCAAGAAAGAUCGUGAUUACAUUUUGCAAGGCUACUCGAUGGAGGAAGGACGUUCCUUAAUGAACGGCCUGCCUUCGCCUCGUCCGUCCUCUCCCACGCGUACCAUAUCCAGGGCCCUCGCUGGGCUCAAGCGGCUAUCGCCUUUUGGUGCCUCUUCGAAGAUGCCUCCUCCUAUCGUCCUGACUGACCAGGUCUCACCGUCUCGUGGGUCGAUGACCCGUUCGCCUUCCGUCCCUCCCGUAGACUUCGCCAACGGCGCUGCGUCGUCGUUCGACCCUGGCUCGCCGCGCCUUGGGAAUCUCGUCUUCAACGGUAGCGUUGCUUCACUCACCUCCCGCUCGCGCAACUCCUCUAGAUUGGACCUCUCUGCCCUACCCCGAAUGAGUUCGCGGACUCACAGUAGCGUAUUGUAGGCCAUUUGUCGAUCUUCGAGACUUUGAUUAAAUAUCUUUUACACCUCCGCGGAACUUUUUCUUCGGCACUCUUAAUGCUAUAUGACACUCUACGUGAUGAACUACAAUGUAAAAUUGGACUUCUCCUAUCUUCGCGCACCAGUGCAUCUAUCCGGAACUUAGUCCCAUACCACUUUGCCUUAGUCACUGCUUUCUUAUGAUACAUGAUAAUGACUGUAUUCCC